UUUGCCCUCUGCUGGCUAGGCUAACCUGUGCCUUUGUUCUCUCUUUCUCCAGGUGAGAGUGGGUACCUGAGGUGCCAGGUCCCCUGCCUCAUCCCCCAUGAAUGCUGUGGGAAGCCCCGAGGAGCAGGAGCUUCAAGAGCUGGGGAGCGGAGCCUGGGACAACCCCACCUACAGCGGCACUCCCUCCCCUCAAGGGACCCUCCAGAUCUGCACCAUCUCCAGUGCAGUGCUGCCUCAACCCCAGCCCAAGCAGCCUGAAGAUGGACCCCAGGAGAAGGCACACAGGACCCUGGUGUCCAGCUGCUGCCUUCGCAUCUGUCGUGGCAUCAGAGGACUGUGGGGAACGACCUUGACUGAGAACACAGCUGAGAACCGGGAGCUGUAUGUCAAGACCACCCUGCGGGAGCUUUUGAUAUACGUCGUGUUCCUGGUGGACAUCUGUCUCUUGACCUAUGGAAUGACAAGCUCCAGUGCCUAUUACUACACCAAAGUGAUGUCUGAGCUCUUCUUACACACCCCAUCGGACGCUGGAAUCUCCUUCCAGGCCAUCAGCAGCAUGGAGGACUUCUGGGAUUUUGCCCAGGGCCCGUUACUGGACAGCUUGUAUUGGACCAAAUGGUACAACAACCAGAGCCUGGGCCACGGCUCCCACUCCUUCAUCUACUAUGAGAACCUGCUGCUGGGGGUUCCGAGGCUGCGGCAGCUGCGGGUCCGCAAUGACUCCUGCGUGGUGCAUGAGGACUUCCGCGAGGACAUUCUGAGCUGCUACGAUGUCUACUCCCCAGACAAGGAAGAGCAACUCCCCUUUGGGCGCCUCAAUGGCACAGCAUGGACCUACCACUCGCAGGAUGAGCUGGGGGGCUCCUCUCACUGGGGCCAGCUUACAAGCUACAGUGGAGGUGGCUACUACCUGGACCUUCCAGGAUCUCGACGGGCCUGUGCAGAGGCACUCAGGGGCCUUCAGGAGGGCCUGUGGCUGGACAGGGGCACUCGGGUGGUCUUCAUUGACUUCUCAGUCUACAAUGCCAACAUCAAUCUUUUCUGUGUUCUGAGACUGGUGGUGGAGUUUCCAGCUACAGGAGGUGCCAUCCCAUCCUGGCAAAUCCGCACAGUUAAGCUGAUCCGCUAUGUCAGCAACUGGGACUUCUUUAUCUUUGGCUGUGAGAUUGCCUUCUGCAUCUUCAUCUUCUACUACAUAGUAGAGGAGAUCCUAGAACUCCGCAUCCAUGGGCUUCGUUACCUCAGCAGCAUCUGGAACAUUCUGGACCUGGUGGUCAUCUUGCUCUCCAUUAUGGCUGUGGGCUUCCACAUAUUCCGAACUCUCGAGGUGAAUCGGCUGAUGGGGAAGCUUCUACAGCAGCCGAACAUGUAUGCUGACUUUGAGUUCCUCGCCUUCUGGCAGACACAGUACAACAACAUGAAUGCCGUCAACCUCUUCUUUGCCUGGAUCAAGAUAUUCAAGUACAUCAGCUUCAACAAGACCAUGACCCAGCUCUCCUCCACGCUGGCCCGCUGUGCCAAGGACAUCCUGGGCUUCGCCGUCAUGUUCUUCAUCGUGUUUUUCGCCUAUGCCCAGCUGGGCUACCUGCUUUUCGGGACCCAAGUGGAAAACUUUAGCACUUUCGCCAAGUGCAUCUUCACUCAGUUCCGGAUCAUCCUUGGGGACUUUGACUACAAUGCUAUUGACAACGCCAACCGCAUCCUGGGACCUGUUUACUUUGUCACCUACGUCUUCUUCGUCUUCUUUGUGCUCCUGAACAUGUUCCUGGCCAUCAUCAAUGACACAUACUCAGAGGUAAAGGAGGAGCUGGCUGGACAAAAGGAUGAGCUACAGCUUUCAGACCUCCUGAGACAGGGUUACAAGAAGACCCUACGGAGGCUGCGUCUGAGGAAGGAGCAGGUUUCAGAUGUGCAGAAGGUCCUGCAGGCUGGGGAGCAGGAGAUUCAGUUCAAGGACUUCACCAACACCUUGAGGGAGCUGGAGCACACAGAGCAUGAGAUGACCAAGCUCACGGCUGCCUUCACCAGGUUUGACCAAGAUGGGAAUGGCGUCCUAGAUGAGAAGGAGCAGAACGAGAAACGGCAGAAGCUGGAGGGGGAGAGGGUGGCCGUCCAUGCUGAGAUUGAGAACUUGGGCUGGUCCAUUGUGAGGAGCCCACCAGGCGAGUCGAGUCCAAAGCAGGCUGCCAAAGCAGGUGGCUGGGUUUCGGGAGAAGAAUUCUACACGCUCACAAGGAGAGUUUUGCAGCUGGAGACUGUCCUGGAAGGAGUCAUGACCCAGGUUGAUGCCAUGGGCUCAAAGCUGACGAUGGUGGAGAGAAAGGGGUGGCUGGCUCCUCUUCCGGGCACAGGGGAACAAGGCAUUUGGGAGCACCUGCAGGCAGCCCCAGCUGUGACUCCAGCCCCCUGGGGACUCUAGGGCAGGCAGGAGAGUAGUGGGGAGGGGUCCUAA